UACACGAACACAAACCGUCUUGGCUACUUGGGAUUGCUACAAUGACUGAACGGAAUCCAUCAUCCGACUCACCACAAACUCCUGAACAUGACCGACUUGUUCCAGAAAGUCCAGCGACAGACACCGAGAACCUGUUAAGCGCUAUCAAUGGACUUUCUCGUCAGAUAGCACAGAUGGAGCAGAAGCUGGAGCAGAAGCUGGACCAGUAUCUGGCCUCGUCGGAGGUGAGGGAGCAGAGGUUGCAGCAGAGGAUGGCCGCCAUGGAAGCCAAACUAAACCGCUUCUCCAGCGGGGAGGGAGUGAAGCGGAAAAGACGAGUGCACUGUCCCAGAAUUGCGGAAACGGUUCGUAGACUUCAUAACUCUGAAGGAAACACCAUGCGUUAUGAACCGGAACAAGGACUGAGCUCACCUCGCAAUGAGGCAGUCACCACAUAUUUAGUUAAAAGUCUGACUGCAAGUCCACAUUUAGAAUUUGUGGAGGCAGACGUCUUUUUAUCUGCCUGUAAAACAUAUUUCGAGACACUACGGAGGAACUUCCGCUACAGUCAACCCGACAUGGCGGAUCAGGCGGAAGCCCUGAAGUCUUCUGCCCGGAAUCGCCAGAGAAGAAAGAGACUGCUGGAUUCCAGGAAGACAGUACUUGCUCCAGAUGAAAUGGACUUAUGGAAGGGCAUCACCAUUGACAUGAUGUCAGAUGAGGAGGACGGCAGCGUUGAUGGGGUGUGUGGGAGGAUAGUACGGCCUCCAUCCUUCCGCAGCCAGGAGCUAACAGACCUGUGUGCUGCCCUACAGGCAAGGCUUGAUGCUGAUAUGAAGUACACAUCUUCACAUCGCAGACGUCUUCAAUGUGGAGAACCAUCCGAUAGAAUGAUGCCAAAUAAAUAUGACCCAGCGGCAGCAAAGAGACAUUUUAAGCCCGAUCUACUACCCAAGCUACUGGCCAGUAGCUGGGAGUGAUGUCCCAGUCCAGGGAAAUGGACCACAACUUGCCCUUUAAAAAAAAAAAAAAAAAAAAAAUUGUUUUGAAACACAGACACACACACACACACACACACACACACACACACACACACACACAUAUAUAUAUAUAUAUAUAUAUAUAUAUAUACACACACACAUACACACAGACACAGAGCCAGCCAAAAUAAUGUAAACACACAUCAGGAAAAGAAAAACUUGCAUAAAUAUUUCAAUACCAAAUUUAUUCAGACAUCAUGAGAUUAACACAAGUUAUCUUUGGUCUCUACAAUUACAUGAGGUGCUCCAAAUGGUGGCCAUUGGCUUCCAGACAUUUAUUUGUAACGUUGGCCAAAGUGUUCAGUGAGAUUGCUGCACAUGCAUUUUCACUUGUCACAGUGUUAUCAUAAUUUGAUCAAACUUCGAAAGCUCUAUCUAUCUGUAUCUCUAUCUAUCUAUCUAUCUAUAUAUAUAUAUAUAUAUAUAUAUAUAUAUUAUAUACACACACACACACACACACAUAAUAUUGCCAAAAGUAUUCGCUCACCCAUCCAAAUAAUCAGAAUCAGGUGUUCCAAUCACUUCCAUGGCCACAGGUGUAUAAAAUCAAGCACCUAGGCAUGCAGACUGCUUUUACAAACAUUUGUGAAAGAAUGGGUCGCUCUCAGGAGCUCAGUGAAUUCCAGCGUGGAACUGUGAUAGGAUGCCACCUGUGCAACAAAUCCAGUCGUGACAUUUCCUCACUCCUAAAUAUUCCACAGUUAACUGUCAGCUGUAUUAUAAGAAAGUGGAAGUGUGUGGGAACGACAGCAACUCAGCCACCAAGUGGUAGGCCAUGUAAACUGACGGAGUGGGGUCAGCGGAUGCUGAGGUGCAUAGUGCCAAGAGGUCGCCAACUUUCUGCAGAGUCAUUCGCUACAGACCUUCAAACGUCAUGUGGCCUUCAGAUGAGCUCAAGAACAGUGCUUCAGCAGAGAGCUUCAUGGAAUGGGUUUCCAUGGCAGAGCAGCUGCAUCCAAGCCAUACAUCACCAAGUGCAAUGCAAAGCAUCGGAUGCAGUGGUGUAAAGCAGCCACCACUGGACUCUAGAGCAGUGGAGAUGCGUUCUCUGGAGUGACCAGUCGCGCUUCUCCAUCUGGCAAUCUGAUGGACGAGUCUCGGUUUGGCGGUUGCCAGGAGAACCAUACUUGUUGGACUGCAUUGUGCCAAGUGUAAAGUUUGGUGGAGGGGGGAUUAUGGUGUGGGCUUGUUUUUCAGGAGCUGGGCUUGGCCCCUUAGUUCCAGUGAAAGGAACUCUGAAUGCUUCAGCAUACCAAGACAUUUUGGACAAUUCCAUGCUCCCAACUUUGUGGGAACAGUUUGGAGCUGGUCCCUUCCUCUUCCAACAUGACUGUGCACCAGUGCACAAAGCAAGGUCCAUAAAGACAUGGAUGACAGAGUCUGGUGUGGAUGAACUUGACUGGCCUGCACAGAGUCCUGACCUCAACCCGAUAGAACACCUUUGGGAUGAAUUAGAGUGGAGACUGAGAGCCAGGCCUUCUGGUCCAACAUCAGUGUGUGACCUCACAAAUGCGCUUCUGGAAGAAUGGUCAAAAAUUCUCAUAAACACACUCCUAAACCUUGUGGACAGCCUUCCCAGAAGAGUUGAAGCUGUUAUAGCUGCAAAGGGUGGACAGACGUCAUAUUGAACCCUAUGGAUUAGGAAUGGGAUGUCACUUACGUUCAUAUGUGAGUCAAGGCAGGUGAGCGAAUACUUUUGGCAAUAUAAUGUAUGUAUAUAUACAUAUAUAAAGAAGUACUUACACAAAUUAAAUAUUUCUGGAAGUUUUUCUUUUGCUGAUGUAUGUAUACAUUAUUUGGCUGACUAAAUGUAUGUAUGUAUGUAUGUAUGUAUAUGUAUAGUUAAACUUUCAUUUUAUUUCAUGGAAAAACAUUUUUUUAAAAUAAUUUCAGUAUCUUGUUUUAAUUCUGAAAACUAUUUUAUCUAUACUGUUUUUCAAUAAAGCUCUCAUUUUUCAACAUGUCUUUGCAAAUAUUUUUUCCCUCCCAAUAAAUUGUCAAUUGUAGGAUCUCUCAUUGGUUAACAAUAACAAGUAGGCAGGUUAACGAAUUAUACAUAUUUUACAUGAUGCACAUUUAUUAAAGUAUUAAUGAUAAUGUAACGACCUCCCACCUGGACACCAGGUGUCCCCGCUUUGUCUUUCCAGAGCUGAGGGAAGGUCGUCACCUGAUUGAGCCACAGCUGAGAUCAAGUGGCUCAGCUACAUAUACCCUUGACUUUCCCUCAGCAUUAAUAAAGUAUCUAUCUCACUUCCAUUCCUUUUCUCCCUCCAUCUUAUUCAUCUCCUCCUCCUUCUCUUCCUCCAUCUUCUCCAUCUUUUUGUCCUCAGUCGUCUCCUCUUUCUCCAUCAUCUUCUCCUCCAGCUCCAUGUUUCAGGCAUGGCAAUUUUCCGCCGUUCCGCGGAAAUCCGCCUUUUUAAUUUUCAAAUUGAUCAUUUCUGUGAAUCGUCCAAAUCCGUUGAGAAAAUUUUAGGGGAGGUGAGGUAUGUUUUUGUUACUCUUGCUCCGGGUUUUUGAGAAGCGCUCGGCGUUUCUCCCGCAGCGUAACAGACAAAAGCCGCGAUUCCACAAGCAUCUACUCGGCGCGGUACGGUUCGCCACUAUUGUAUCUGACUCGGCUCGUCUCGGUUUAGUUGUUUUUCCAUACAGCCUCAUCGUGGUCGUCAUAGCGCAGCGAGCUGAAAGUCCCUUAACGUCAUUUGCCCGCGACACAAACGCAACAUAACGGAGACGAUGGUUCACCUGCUGCUCGGUCUGUGGCUUUCUGUCAGAUUCAAAGUAAUAGAAGAGUCGGAGAAAGCUGAGAGCGGCGAGUCGAAACACUCAGGAGACACACAGGAGAGUUUGGGAGGCGAUACAGCAGUAUCAAGCUGAAGACAAGAGGAUAUGAACUAGACGACAUAUGCGGAUGCUCUCUGAUGAGACUUCAUGGGAUUUACCUGAAGCAGCAGCACAUGAGCCUGCAGUGGCACAAGGUGUAGAGGAGGAGGACAGAGAUGUACAGGAUGCACUGAUGCACUACGUGUCAUGCAGAAGUUAAGUUAUUCUUCUCGUUAUACUUCUGUUUUUCUGUCCCCGGACCGCUAUUGUUUUCUUUAAUGCAAUUCUGACAAUAAACUUUUGUACCUUUUGCAGAUGUGUCUGUGCUAUUGUUUUAUUUGUGAAGGUUAGCAAGAUUACAUGACAAAUUAAACACCAAAACAUUAAAACAGCUGUUUUAAGAAUAUUCCAGUUUGAUAAAUCAGUAUUGCUUUGGUGUAAUUCAGUCAACGGAAUUAUGAACCAUAAAGGAGUUUGUGUUAAAACAUGUUAAAUCCCAUUAAACAUAAAUGCAUUAUUAGGGAAUACAGAA